UGCGAGAAGACACGUGCGCGGAAGGAGCAAGAAGUAGUGGGCGACAGAUCUGGCGAAAGGGAACUAGUGGCAAAGGGAGCCAGUGGUAAAGGGAGCCAGUGGUAAAGGGAGCCGGUGGAGGGGCGGCGAAAGGGGUAGAGGGCAGAGGACGGACGGUAGACCGAGAGAGGCUCGGAGGCUUCGGCUGGCUUUCCGCACUUCCGCUCUUGUGUUGGUUCCACAACCCCUGGCUACGCGAGGCUAGGGUUUAUUAGAGUCAGUUGUGGGGUUCAGAGGGUCAGCAAUCAGUUCUCCGAAUCCAGAGAUUCAGUACUUGUCGUCAGUAUCGGUACUCAGGGCUUGGUAGGUUGGGUGUUUGGGAUGCUAAAGGAAUCUUGUCUUUUGAGUCGGGGUUCACCUAGAGCUUGGUUUUAGGAUUCAGGUUCAGCCUAUAUAGUUUUUUUUGCUAGGAUUUGGGAUGCAUCAGAUGCGGAUCUGCACUAGUUCAGUACUUGGGAUUCAUUCUUAGGAUUGUAGUUAAAUAUUUGGGGCUCACUCAGGGUCUGGGGUUCAGUAGUCAGGGUUCACUGUUGGGGUUCAGGGCUUAACAUCUAGAGUGAGGAUGCAACCAUUGGGAAUUGGUGGGUUUGGGGUUUUUUGAGGUUUGGGGUCUGAGAAGGGCUUCUCCUGCUGAGUUUCUGAGUUUGCCGAAUUUGUGGCCAGAGGGAAGUCUGUUAGGGGUCAAAUUGUGGGGUGUGAAUUUCAGAAUUUGGAUGAAAUCCCUGUGGGGUUUGAAGGCUGGCUGGAGGCUGGGCUAGGAUUUGAGUUGUGUGAGAUUUGUGAGGUGUUGUGUCCGGGGCAGGUCUAUAUUGAACUUCGGAUUUACAUCCUCCGAGGGGACUAAGUGUUGCUAUUUGGGGUUUUGGGGCUUGGUUGGGGUCUGAGUCAGGUUCCUGGGUUGGGGUGUGAGAUCUGAGCCUGACUUCUCUGUUGGGAUUUGAGGUUUAGGUAGCAAUCGCCAUCAUGCUCAAAGCUGUGAUCCUGAUUGGAGGCCCUCAAAAGGGGACUCGCUUCAGGCCUUUGUCAUUUGAGGUGCCCAAACCACUGUUUCCUGUGGCGGGGGUCCCUAUGAUCCAGCACCACAUUGAGGCUUGUGCCCAGGUCCCUGGGAUGCAGGAGAUUCUGCUCAUUGGCUUCUACCAACCUGAUGAGCCCCUUACCCGGUUCCUAGAAGCUGCCCAACGGGAGUUUAACCUUCCGAUCAGGUACCUGCAAGAAUUUGCCCCCCUGGGCACAGGGGGUGGUCUCUACCAUUCGGACCAAAUUCUGGCUGGAGGCCCCGAAGCCUUCUUCGUGCUCAACGCUGACGUCUGCUCCGACUUCCCCUUGAGCACUAUGUUGGAUGUCCACAGACACCAGCCUCACCCUUUCUUGCUCCUUGGCACCACGGCUAACAGGACACAAUCCCUCAACUACGGCUGCAUCGUAGAGAAUCCACAGACGCAUGAGGUCCUGCACUAUGUGGAGAAACCCAGCACUUUUGUCAGUGACAUCAUCAACUGUGGCAUCUAUCUCUUUUCCCCGGAAGCCCUGAAGCCCCUUCGGGAUGUCUUCCAGCGUAAUCAGCAGGAUGGGCAACUGGAGGACUCGUCAGUCUUGUGGCCUGGGGCAGGUACCAUCCGCCUGGAGCAGGAUGUGUUCUCCGCCCUGGCCGGGCAGGGCCAGAUCUAUGUGCACCUCACUGAUGGUAUCUGGAGUCAGAUCAAGUCUGCAGGCUCAGCCCUCUAUGCCUCCCGCCUCUAUCUGAGCCAGUACCAGCUCACUCACCCAGAACGCCUGGCCAAGCACACCCCAGAGGGUCCACGGAUUCGAGGAAACGUUUACAUCCACCCAACAGCUAAGGUGGCCCCAUCUGCUGUGCUGGGCCCCAACGUCUCCAUCGGGGAGGGGGUGACCAUAGGCGAGGGUGUGCGGCUCCGAGAGAGCAUUGUCCUCCAUGGGGCCACGCUGCAGGAACACACGUGUGUCCUGCACAGCAUCGUGGGCUGGGGGAGCACCGUGGGGCGCUGGGCCCGCGUGGAGGGUACCCCCAGUGACCCCAAUCCCAACGACCCCCGAGCCCACAUGGACAGUGAGAGCCUAUUCAAGGAUGGGAAGCUGCUCCCUGCCAUCACCAUCCUAGGCUGCCGCGUCCGGAUCCCUGCCGAGGUGCUCAUACUGAACUCGAUUGUUCUGCCACACAAGGAGCUGAGCCGCAGCUUCACCAACCAGAUCAUCCUCUGAGGGGGGCUGCCUGAAGUUCCCCCCAACUCUGAUCCGCUCCCCUUGAGGCUCCUGCCUGCAUGGCCAGCCUCUGUCCAGGAGGGACCGGAGGAAGCCAGCCAGGCUCUUCCUGCGCGCACGCGCACACGGGGAGCAACGUGGGUGGCCGGGGGACUGGUGGCCUCCCUCUCCACUCCCUAAUAAACCCGGGUGAACCUUGGAGCCA